AUACAAUUAUUAAUACAUUACUUUAUAAUUGAAAAGCAUGUUAACAAUCAGGUGUACAUGAUCCUGAAUGAUAAUUAUGAUAAAAACAUUCGAAACAAACAUUCUUUCUGCACCAAGAACAACAAAUAAAUGCUGUUUUGUUACAAUUACAAUGAGUUUUCAAAAGGUCCAAUGAAAAACACGCUUGGUUUACAUUUGUAAAAAAUUUUUUUGUAUCACAAAGUCCACUAGCAAACCAGGCAUAUUGUAUCAUUUGAUGAAAUAUUGGCGCUGAUAAUUGGUGAUGAACAAUUGAAUGGAUUUUUAAGCAAUCUUCUCGAGAAUGAAUUUCAUAAUUUUUGUCUAGCAGAUCAGCUGUGCUCUGUAAUCUUUUGAUAAAAUUUUUGACUUGUCUAUAGAAAUAAACAUCGCAUGGUUGAACUAAGGGAGUACAUUUUGGAGGUAUAAUUUUAGUUGUACAUGUAGGCAUUUUCUCUUCAUCUUGGAAUAUAUGAGCUAUAUGAACUGUAGAAACUUUGAAGUGAGAAAAAAAGGGAUAAUAAGAGUACUUUAAAUCUUAUUCACUAACCGUUACAAUGUGAACUACGCAUCUAUUCCACCUCUGUUCAACAGUUCAUUUCUGAAUUUUAUCACGAACAGACGUAUUUGUGCAGCAAAAUUGACUCCGAAAAAUUAUUUUACAAUUUUUACAAUGGCAUCAAGCGAAGCAAGUGGUUCACACAGUGUCGAAGAAAUUCCUGAUAGCUCCUUACACAGUGAUUUUUCGAAGCAACGGCUAAAAGAUGGAGUAGUGUAUUAUGAAAACUUACUUCUCGAAAAUGAUUUAAUUAUGGAAAGUUCUUCUGAUACACUAUCUGAAGAUGCUAUGUUGAUAGGUAGAGAGUUAUACAAUAGUACAUUAGAUGUGUUGAGUGAAAAGAAGUUUAUAAGUGAUGAAGAAUUGAUUCAUGCUCAAGAAGAGUGCAUAGAAGGUAAUUUCGAAGCAAUUGCAGAUGACUCACAUGAUGACUAUGUCCCAGAUGAAAAAAAAUUUAAAAAGUCGGAUUUUAUUACCCUGGAAUAUAAAAUCAAAGUUUUAAAUGUAGCAAAAGCCCACCCUACAUGGAAACUAGACACAUUACAAAAACAUGGAUGUGGUCAUUUAAAAAGAAUGGAUCAUUUAAAAGUAUGGGAAAAAGACGUGGAACAGGGUGGAACAAAAUUUGAUAAAUUUCAUGUGAUCGAUUCUUGGACAUAUGACCGCUUUGUUGAGAUGAGAAGAAAUUAUAAACAAGUGACAACACGAAAUCUGCAGCAAUGGGCCUUAGCUGCCGCUAGUCAGUUUCCUGAUCUUCAAUUUAAAGCAUCGAACCGGUGGGUAGCGAAAUUCAAACAAAGACACAAUAUUUGUCAACGGAAAAUUACUAGAUUUGUGUCAGAGAAAGAAACAUAUAGCAUUGAAACAAUUUUGGCCUCUGCAGAAACCUUUCGUCUUCAAACAAAACAAUUAAUAUCCAACUUUAAUAGUGACUUCAUUAUCAAUACGGAUCAAACAGGAUGUCAAUAUCAAUCACAUUUCAAUAGAACACUGACAGAUAAAGGAAGUAAGACAGUUUUUGCUAAUGUACAGGAUAUGAAUAAGUUGUCACACACAUAUACUGCACAAUAUAGCAUCACAUUGUCUGGAAAAUUACUACCACAAGUUUUCAUUUGUUUGCAAGAACCUACAGGUGAUUUCGGGCCAAGAAUUAAGCAACAUGUGGAGGAAUAUGUAAAAAAAUAUAGGAAUGUUGUUGUCACAUCAUCGAAAUCAGGAAAACUGACCACUAUCCUCUAUAAAAAAUUUCUGGUGAAAUCUUUGAUGCCAUAUGUUCAGAAGAAUAAGUUUCUUUUAUUAGUCGAUUCAUGGACAGGACAAACAAGAGCAGAAUUAUACGAUGAAAUAUUCCAAGAUGAAGAGAAAAUGCCUACAUGUACAACUAAAAUUAUACCUCCAAAAUGUACUCCCUUAGUUCAACCAUGCGAUGUUUAUUUCUAUAGACAAGUCAAAAAUUUUAUCAAAAGAUUACAGAGCACAGCUGAUCUGCUAGACAAAAAUUAUGAAAUUCAUUCUCGAGAAGAUUGCUUAAAAAUCCAUUCAAUUGUUCAUCACCAAUUAUCAGCGCCAAUAUUUCAUCAAAUGAUACAAUAUGCCUGGUUUGCUAGUGGACUUUGUGAUACAAAAAAAUUUUUUACAAAUGUAAACCAAGCGUGUUUUUCAUUGGACCUUUUGAAAACUCAUUGUAAUUGUAACAAAACAGCAUUUAUUUGUCGUUCUUGGUGCAGAAAGAAUGUUUGUUUCGAAUGUUUUUAUCAUAAUUAUCAUUCAGGAUCAUGUACACCUGAUUGUUAACAUGCUUUUCAAUUAUAAAGUAAUGUAUUAAUAAUUGUAUUAAUAAAUUUGAAAUAUUCAUGAGAA